AUGGCCGAGACAACACAAUUAAACAACGGACUAUGCAGUCUUUCCGAAAUCAAGAUUCUUUACCCAUCAUCAACAUACUGGUUAGUAGCGAAUACUACAGCGGAUGUAUUAUGGAAUUCGACUGACCCGGUUAACGAUCCCCAACGUUUCUCUGUAUACUUGGUUAAUCCUAACGUUCCUGAUUUGAAGCAAUACGCCUUGGCUAACAAUGCCAUAACCGCAAAUCACAACGUUUCGGUUACAGUACCAAAUUUCGUUACUAGAGACGUACAACAAGGAUAUUCAAUUAUCUUUACGAAUAUUGGCAAUAUCAGCGAAGUUUAUUCUACAUCCGAGACAUUCGACAUAAAACCGGUUGGCAAUACACCAUCGACAUACUCACCACCUACCCCGCCAGGCUCUUCUACCAACAACACUGGGAACAGCACCAACACUGGCAAGUCAAGCGAUUCAGAAGUUAUCAGCGCAAGAGUAUAUUUGAGUACUUUCUUUGCCGCUGCGGUCGUAGCUGCAAUGAUGGCCAUUUAA